AUGGAACUCAAGUGCAAGAUAGUAAAAAGUGAUUUAUCCCAUGCGGAAGUCAAGGUGCACUUUGUUGGAGUAUGGGAUACAACUUCAUUUGGUGUUGUCGGAUUUGGCUCAGGCGCUCCAGAGACCGUCAAGGGGAUGAAGCAUAUAUGCCACAUUCGGCAUGCACUAGCGCUUGACGAGAAACGAGUUUCGUACCGACAGGCAUCUACUGCGGAGUCUGAUCUUCCAGAGGGCACCGAAAAGAAAUAUUCUGGAGGUAAUAUCAAGGAGGUGUGGUUCGAGGGCUCUCAUUCGGAUUUAGGCGAUGGGAGCAAAUUAAAUCUAGGUUCCCGCCGCUUCAGUCCAGCCCUACGGUGGAUGUUGUAUGAAGCACUGAAGCACGGCUUACGGCUACAUCCUUUCUCGGGCGAAUGUGCGUCGUUCAGGGCAACGCAAUCGCCCCGAACAGGGAUGUGGCAACCCCUUAGGACAUUACCGCUUCCCCGGCCCUCAAAUGCGAAUGGGAAGUCUAGGCGGCAGUGA